UUGCUAUACAACAAUUUUAUCCCAGGAAUUAUUGAGGAAAAAGUAAAUAUCCAGUAAAUUUUUCAACAUUGAGAAAAUAUGCCUCCAAAGCCAAAACUUAGCAAGGCUGAAAAGGAGAAACUAAAAGCUGAGGAAGAUUUACGGAAGGCAGCAGAGGAAGAGGAACUAAAGGCAAAGCAGGAGGAAGAACUCAAAGAAAAGAAAAAGAAAGAAAAAGAAGAAGAAGCAGAGAAAAAGAAAAGGGAAAAUGAGGAAAAGAAAGACAGGCGAGUUGAAAUGACUCAACUGAAUGCCAUCCUCCAAAGUAACAGAGAGGCACUUCAGAAUCUUCACAAUGAAAGACGAAAGCAAAUGAAGUGGAACCGGUACAUGAGAUGUGAUGGUUCUCCUGACCCAACAAACCAAGGGGAGAUAAAUACAUACAUAAAUCUUAGAAUGGAAGACACUGAACAUGAUGAUAUUGAAUCAGUCUUCAAAGCGAGUGAAUUAGACACAAAGCUAAUAAUGGAAUUGAACUUUUUACUGGAGGACACACCACCAGAAGAAAUAACUGACAGAGAAAAAUUUCUGUACAAUCAGAUAAAGGAAGAGUUACAGGCCUUGAUCAAAAAGAAGAUGGAUGCUGCCACGCUCCGUUUGUUACAAGAAGCAACAGACCGUGCCGACUCAGAGACCUUUAACCUUCAGUUUGAACACAAGAGUCCUGAUGUGUGCCUAAGUAUUUGGGGAAAUCUCAGUAAAAAUCCCAGGAUAAAGUCAUUUGAGUUUGCCAAGCAGGGCCUGACAUUUGAAAUACCCAGAGUGCUAUGUUUGUCAGACUGUGCAAUUCGUGUGUUGGAUCCUAAAUAUGACCACUAUUCACCUACAUGUAAAAGCUUCUACCCAAGACAAAAGGUCAAAAAAGUUGAGACCCCUGUUGAGGAAGCCAAGCCUGAGGAAGGGGAGGAAAACAAGGAAGAGGAAAAGAAGGAGGAGGAGCCUGAGGAAAAAGAGAAGGAGCCAACAGAUUAUGCACUUGAGUCAAUUGAUUUAAUGGCUGCUCUGGCUGAAUUGGAGGAUGGACCAAAAGAAGAAGAGGAAGAAACAGAGAAAAAGGAGGAGGAAAAAGAGGAGGAUAUUGAGGAAUAUGAGGAGCCUAAAACUCCUGAGCCUCUGGAAUGGGAGGACUUUGAAGAGGAUGAAGAUGUAGUGGAUCUAAGAGCUAAUGAUAUUGUGGGGGGUGUAUUCCACUUCGAUCUUAUGGCACUACCUCCCCAACCCAAAACCAUGAACAAAUGGAUCGUUACUAGAUUGGUGGAUCCCCCAGAAAUUGAGUACAUAGAUUAUGUAGCUGACUCAGUCACACAGAUGCCUAAGGAAAACCAGAGUUCUGGUAAUACCCCAGUCCAGGGCGAGAAGAGAGAUGAUAAACCACCCAUAGGAAUCGCAAUGAAACUUCCAAGUCAUGUUUUGUUUUCUGAGGAACCCCUCAUUGCUCGCUGGGAUUACAAGAAGAAAUACUGGAGACAGGAUGGAUUUACAGAUAUGAGUUAUGAUGAAGAUAACAGGAUUUUCUCCUUUAAGACAGCAUACUUUGGACUUUUUGCCCUCCUUCAGGACUCUCAUUUGAACAUGCCAUUCCAGUCCUGGGAGCUCCGCCCACAUAAAACUAAUGCCUGUGUCCUCACUAUCAUUGCUGCUAUUGUAGAAGUGGAAAUUGAAAUAAAGGAUGCCAUGUGCUGUCUAAGUAAACCUGAUGACAGACCAGAACUGGAUGGAAUCAGAAAUAAGUGGGUCACACCUAAAGAACUUAUUACGAUCAUGAAAGAGGCAGGCAUAAACCUGUUCCCAGCUGAUGACUCCUCCAAAUAUGUCAGCAUUCAAAACAAGAACCCUAUCGUUACAAAUUGGAUGUAUGAACAGAUGGCGCUGCUGUCAUCUGCUAUGGCAUUCUCCUGGUCCAAAUGGAACAGUGAAAUGGACACAAGUGAUAAAGUUUUAUUCCAGGGAUCUGAGGCUCUAGAGGAUGAACCACUGCUGGAGGAGGACUGGGGUGUUUACAUGGCCACGAAGAAGAGAUGCAUGAAACUGAAUUGUACAGAGUUUGAUGAAGAGUUCUCAGAGGAUUAUGCCGAGGGAACUACAUUCCGCUCGAAUCUGUACCAUACAGUGUUGACGCAGUGCUCUGAGGAAGCCAAGGAGAGAAUUCUCAACUCAAGUUAUCAGUAUGUGGACUGUGUGGAGCAAAUACUGAAAGCCACCAAAGUCCUCACGUAUUCCUAAUGAGGUGCAUUGUAAAGGGAGAUAACUCCUGAUCAAAGACUUACAGUGUGAAAAUAUGGGGAAGCAUCUUUGUAUUAAGGGAAUAACUUUUAACAAAGAAAUGUCUCUUCAUGCUUCUUAUUAUAUUAUAAACUUGUUAAAUGUAUUUUGAAUAAAGAAAAUUGCUUGUGUCUUAUAUCAUAAGUAAAGUGUGCUUUCAACACUCAACUCUUCAAAUGUGAUAUGCUCUGCUGCUAAGAUUUUUUUCAUGAAAAGGAAAGCAGUCAUCCUUGAUUCCUGUAAACCAAGCCUAUUUACAUUGUUAUAAAUAUAUUAGUAACUUCUUCACAUCAGAUUUCACGGAUU